AACUGGUGUAUGAUAGUAAAUGACAGUGUCAAUUGUCAAUACGCAUAACGCAAUACAGUGGUCGAUGUUUAGAAUAUGGAAAAUGGAGUUUGCAAAUUGUAACUAGCGUUAUAGCGUGCCAAUUAAUGAAACUACAUAUGUGCUAAGUAAUGUGAUGCUUAUUUAAAACAAACAUAAGUGUUAAAAUUGUAAAUUGUCUGCAACAAUGUCGUCACGACAUAUAAGUAAACACAGAGAUAUCUCUCGCGGUCGUUCAGUUGAGCAUCAUCGAGAUUGUGGAGGACGAAGUGAAGACAAAAUCUCUGAAAAAAGGUCAAGAUCACCUAACAGAAAACGGAAGUCCGCCAGCAAAGAUAGACGUAAGUCACCACAAAAAAAACACACGUCUUCUAGUAGUGAAAGAAAGAAAGAAUCAAAGAAGAAGAAAAGUAAAAAGAAGAAAAAAUCACGUAAUUCAUCAAGUAGCAGCAGCAGCAGCAGUAGUAGCAGUAGCGACAGUGACGAGGAAGAGUUAAAACUACUACAGAGACUUGAAGCAGAGAGGUUGAGGCUGAAAGAAGAAAAAAGAAAGCAGAAAGAAAUGAUAAAAGUAAAUGAAACACCCGAGGAGAAAAGAGCUCGACGUCUAAAAGAAAAGCAAGAAAAGGAAAGGAAGAGACGUGAGCGUAUGGGGUGGGACAACGAGUAUCAGUGUUACACCGAUCAAGAUAACCCCUUCGGAGACUCUGCUCUCACUGAUACAUUUGUAUGGACAAAGAAACUGGCUAAGGAAGGCGUUAAGAAUGUCUCUCACAACGAACUGGAGGCAUUGAACAGGCAGAAACAAUUAGAAAAUAAAAUUGAAUUGGAGAAGGUGAAGCAGCGUCGACUGGAGCGCGAGGCUGAGCGUGCGGCCCGCGAGGCCGAGGCGGCGGCGGCGGCCCGGGCACGGGAGGCCGCGCAGUUCAGCAGCUGGGCUCGACACGAAGACGAAUUCCAUCUGCAGCAGGCCCGGCUGCGCUCGCAGAUACGGAUACGAGACGGCAGAGCUAAGCCGAUAGACCUCCUCGCGUGGUACGUGAGUUCCGAGCAGUGUGUCGAUGCGCUCGAAAUGCACGAGCCGUACACGUACCUGAACGGCCUGCACGCACAGGACCUGGAGGACUUACUGGAGGAUAUCAAGGUGUACAAGGAGCUGGAGCAGGACGUGAACCAGUCGUACUGGGAGGACGUGCAGACUAUCGUGUCGUCGGAGCUGGCGAAGCUGCGGCGCCUGGCUCCGGGCCGGGACGGGGUGCACGCCGCCGUGGCCGAAGACGUGGCCGGCGUGUUCCGCGGGAAGAGCACGGCCGCCCUGCUUCAGUUGCAGGACGCCAUCGAACACAAGAUGGCCGCCAGGACAGCCGGCAUCGACGUGCACUACUGGGAGAGUCUGCUCAGCCAGCUCAAAGCUCACAUGGCACGAGCUCGUCUCCGAGACCGGCACCAGAACAACCUCCGCCGCAAGCUGCAGCUGCUGAAGAGAGAACAAGGAGUCGCCGCGGACGAGCACGCGGAACACGAGGACAAACACACACACGCAGAGGGCGCUGGUCCGGAGCAGAAGUCGCCUCGGUCGGAGAGCGAGGCGGAGGAGGCGGAGGCGGAGGGCGAAUCGUGGUGCGGGAGUUACUCCCCGCGGUACCUGGCGCCUGCCUCGCUGGAGCCCGCCACGCUGCUGCUGGAGCCCCACGAGGACCGCCAGCGCCUGGCCUUCCUCCGAGCCAGGCUGCAUGCCGCCGCCGCCGCCGACCAGCACAAGGCCACGCUUGCUAAGCUUCCGGAGGCAGCUGAUGCAGUGCCGGGCACCAGCACGGGCGCUCUGGAGGCGGCCGCGAGGCGCUCCAUGGAGGGAGGUAGUGAGGGCGGUGCCGCCCAGUUCAGUGUGGAGCACGUGCUGCCCGACCAGCCUUGCCUGUGGGCGGACAAGUACAGACCCAGGAAACCAAGAUACUUCAACAGAGUCCACACCGGCUUCGAGUGGAACAAAUACAACCAGACUCAUUACGACAUGGACAACCCUCCGCCGAAGAUCGUUCAAGGAUACAAGUUCAACAUCUUCUACCCGGACCUCAUCGACAAGAGCGCCACCCCUGAGUUCUCACUUAAGCCGUGUGCUGACAACCCUGAGUUUGCUGUGCUUCGUUUCCAUGCGGGCCCACCCUAUGAAGACAUCGCCUUCAAGAUAGUGAACCGCGAGUGGGAGUACUCCUACAAGAGAGCUUCCGCUGUCACUUCCACAACAACAUCUUCCAGUUGUGGUUCCACUUCAAGAGAUACAGAUACAGGCGUUGACAACACACAUACAUACAUCGUGAUAUCUUUGUGUUUCACAUCUGGUUGUAUCUGCAAAAUGGAUGAGGAGUUAAAGCAGUUAAAGUCCGUGUUGAGGUCUCUGGUGGUGUCGAGCGCCACGGAGGUCGAUGUUCGUACUUUAUUGCGGGACUAUAGAAUGAUGGUCGGGAAUCAACUGCCCUUAGCCAAAUUUGGUUACAAAGAACCCGUAGGCUUUCUUAAGGAAUAUUUCAGUGAUUGUUUUUUAUUCACGGGUCCAGUAGGGAAUCCCGUGUUGACAUUGAUUGUUCCUGAUAGUUUAAAACACAUAGAUAAGUUUGUACAAAAACAGAAAAUUAACAAUGUGAAAUCAAAAGGUAAAAGAAGGAGCGUGCAAGAAAGUGUACAUAAGCCAAGUGAAUCUAACCUAAUUGUUCAAACUGUCAAUACACAGCAAACGGCAAGAAAUCAAAAGACACCUCCGUUAAAGAAUGACAUGAAAAUAAAUCAACAAAUUACAAAAGAAGUUCCGACACUCAAUAAACACCAUUUGAGGGACAUAGAGAAAAAUAUUAAUAACCCUGAAGUAAAAGCGAACGAACCAUGUUCACAGACGGCACUUCAAAAUUUCCUUAAGAAGAGAACACCUCUAUUUGAUUGUCAGCUUUCAAACAGUGAUAAAGACUUUGACAAAGAUAGUGACUCAGGAAGACUCACUUCAUCAAGUACAAAUAGUAAGAGAGCUCAAAGAGAACAACUUCAUAAAGAAAUUAAGGACAUUGUGGUACAGAGUCCUCAUGGAGUGAGCUGCACCGACCUCAUGAGGCUUUACAGGGCGCGCUACAGUCGCGAGUUGAACUUCACCCGCGUAGGGUACACCUCCGUACUGAGCGCGGCGUGUGCGGUGGACGGCCUGCAGGUGUCGCGGCGCACUCUCACGGACGACUGGUUGCUCAGUGACGCCGCUCGGCCUCCGCCCCCGGCCGCGCCCGCCCCGCCACGACCACCGCCCGCGCCCUCCACGCCCGCCCAGCCCGAGGACGCUCUGCCCGGGAUAGACUUCGAGCCGGACGUGUUCCCCCCCGACUGCAUGCACUUCCUGGAGAGCAUCCCGAGCGUGUCGCUGGCGGACGUCAAGCCCGGGGACAUGCUGGAGGUGGCCGUGGCCGAGGUGUACUCGCCCUCACACUUCUGGCUGCUGCGGCUCGGCGAGGACUACAACAUAGCCAUGGAGGAGAUCAUGGACGACAUGAACCAGUACUACGGCGCCGGUGAGGGACGGGACCGUAGCCUGGCCCUCGGCGCCGUCCGCGAGGGACACUACUGCGCCAGUCUGUACGACGGAGACUGGCACCGCUCCAUCAUAGUGCGGAUCCUCGACCACGACACGGUCAAGGUGCGGCAUGUUGACUACGGCACGGUGGAGCGCGUGGCGACGAGCAGCUUGCGGGUGCUGCUGCGGCGCUACGCGGCGCUGGAGGCGCAGGCGGUGCGGGCGCGGCUGGGCGGGGUGGCGCCGCCCGCCGCCGGCCGCCGCUGGCCGCACGCCUCCUCGCACCGCUUCCUGCGCCUCGUGCGCGACCGCCGGCUCGUCGCCAACGUGGUGGCGACGCACGGCCGCGAGCGCGCGCUCGAGGUGCUGCUCAUCGACACCUCCACCGCCGAAGACCGCUGCCUGGCGGCCGAGCUGGUGCGGUCCGGACACGCCGACCCUCGCCCGGCCCCCCUCGCCGUCGCCGGUCACACUACGUCGGAGUGCUACCUGUACCCGCGGUUCGAGGCUCUGGAGGCCGGCGACACGCCCAGCUUCGCGGAGGUGCACGCCUACCUGCGGGACGGCAUCGCGCUAGACUUCGUGCACGACUACCGCCGCCACGUGCCGCCCGGCCUGCCCCCGGACCGUCCCGCCACCACCUAUGAACCCCCGCCGCUCCUCCCUGGAGACUCUCUCGCCUCUUCCUCUUCCUCGUCCUCGGACUCUCCUCACAACGAACAUCUCAAUCCAUCUCCCUCCUCCUCUGGCGCGUGUCUCUCCCCUACAUCCCACCGCCCCCCUCACCCCUCCCCUGGCCGCGGCGUGUCGCUGUCAGCGGCGGAGUGCGAGGCGUUCUGUGUCCUGAGCCGUGUGGACCCCGGCGCGGCUCACCGGUUCAUGUUGGAGGCGAUGUCCCGCGCGCUGUUCCCCGCGUCGUCUCCAGCGAACCCUGAGGCGAUGGAGUCGCGUUCCCUGAUGUGCCCGAGCCGGCCGCGGCCGCCCCCGGGCUUCGAGACUGACUAGGGCAGAAUGCCAAUGAUAUAGAGGCCACAUCUACGGAGCUUUUAUAACGCUAGUGACGCCCGCGGUCGCGUCGGGUAGCUUUCCCGUUGCGGGCGAGGCUCGGGGUAAUGUCUACGAAUGUGUGAUUCAAUUCAUUACUGUUCCACGGAUGAUCCAUCAGCCGCUACAGACCGAACCUUACACUUUAUAGCUCAUAAAAAAUUUUGACCGAAAAUACCUCGGCCAUUGAACCUUUUACAGUUCUACUGAAUAAGUGUCCGAUUAUCAUAAAGUUUUUUUUUUAGUUCGUAAAGUCAAUAAAAUGUUGUAUGGAGUGAUGAAGCAAAGAAGUACCCCAUAAUAUUUGUUUAAAAAUUUGUUGUAACAACAACGGAAGUGCUGUGAUUUCCUGUUCAUAUAAAUAUAUGUAUGUCGGUAAUUUUGAUAAGAUGCGUGCAUGCACACUCAGGUAUUUAUAUGACAUAAAUAUUUAUGUAAGAAAAAGUGACGAAAAGUGAUUUAGAGGUAAAUAAUUAUAAAUUUUCUAUUUCUGUUAUAAAAAUAGUAUUCAUGUAUUUUUGUAAUAACACUACAAAUCUUGCGGACGGUUUCUGGGCAGUGACGGGUUUUGUGGUGCCUUUUCCAAAUCUGGCCCGGAAUGUGCUUUAUCGAAAUAGAUAUAAGUUUUGGAUCAUUUUAGGAGAAUAUUUGUUAAGACAAAAGUUCAAUCAGCUGUUGUUACUUUUUUUUGUUCGUUUAUCAAUAAAUCUACCAACAAAAUGUGUUUAUAUUGAA